GUCAACAGCUGAUUGAGGGAUGGCUGCCAGUGCCUGCUUACGACUUCGAGAGAACGUUCUAUAAGCUCUCGAGGAAACCCUCUUUGCACCGGCUCAUCAGUCUCACUUGAAUCAUCAGAAGAAAAGGCGAAACAUCACAAAAUGUUCUUAUCGCGUUGUGUCAGACGUAUUCACCCUGGCACGAGUUGUCGAUGGGUCUCCUUCAAUACAAAUGAGCACGAGCAGCUCCGUGAAUCGGUUCGGAAAGUUGUGACGAACGACAUCAAUCCUUGCAUAGAAGAAUGGGAGGCCAAGGGGAGGUUCGACAAAAAGUUUGUCCUGAAGAAACUCGCCGAGAUCGGGGCGCUCGGUAUCACUAAGCCCACCGAGUAUGGGGGUUUGGGUCUCGACUACAGUUACAACGUACCCUUCCUGGAGGAAAUCGGCAUGUGUAGAGGUGCCGGCGUCGUCACGGGCGUGACCGUGCACACGGACAUGUGCUGUCCUGCCCUCAUACGUUUCGGAACGGAAGAACUGAAGCAACAGUUCCUCGCGCCGUCCAUCUCCGGGGAGUUCCUCGGUUGCGUAGGAGUCUCGGAACCUGACGCCGGAAGCGACGUCGCUUCGAUCCGGACUACCGCCAAGCGCGACGGAGACGACUUGAUCAUCAACGGCACGAAAAUGUGGAUCACAAACGGAACUCAAGCGGAUUGGAUGUGCAUGCUCGCGAACACCCGCGAGGGGAAAGCACACAAGAACAAGUCGCUGAUCUGUGUUCCGAUGAAUUUGAAAGGAAUCACGGUGGCCAAGAAGAUUCAGAAAAUCGGUCAACACUGCUCGGACACGGCGCAAAUUUUCUUCGAGAAUGUCCGAGUACCAGCAUCCAACAUCAUCGGUGAGGAGGGACAGGGUUUCAUGUACCAGAUGAUGCAAUUCCAAGAGGAGAGACUAGCUGCCGCUCUCGCCAUACCAAACCAACUCGACAAAGUAAUCGAGGAGACCGCUGAAUAUCUCGCAACGAGGAAGGUUUUCAAAACACCUCUUUUGGAUAAGCAGUAUAUCCAGUUCAAGCUUGCCGAGUUAAAGACGGAAGUCGAAGCCAUCCGAUCUAUAUCGUAUAGGGGAGCCCAACAAAUCGUCGAAGGCGAAGAUGCGACGAUGCUGGCCUCGAUGGCCAAACUCAAAGCAGGACGCGUCGCCCGUGACGUUGUGGACACUUGUCUCCAAUUUCACGGGGGUAUGGGUUACACCGAAGAGAUGUGGAUUUCGAAAGCUUGGAGAGACUGCAGGCUGAUUUCCAUAGCGGGCGGUGCCGAUGAGAUAAUGCUCUACAUCAUCUCUAAAUACAUGGGCAUUUGCAAGGACUGAGGAGACUUUAGGCCCUGUUUGUUCAACGGAUCGGAACCUUUGCUCCGAAAAUUGUUCCCGUAAUUCUUCGAGGAGUCACGACCCCAAUAAGUCUUUGUGAGACGAAACGAUUCGCUCAAGGGUUUCAGUGAUUGACUCCACGCAUCGGGUCAAUUUGGCAAUCGACGGAAGAAGAAACAGGUACAUCAUUUUUCGGAGGGAAGCGAGGGACGAACCCGAGCGGGGGAUUUGUUAUCUUAUCAUGUUGAGAUUUCUUUUUUAAAAUAAAGUGAGAAGCUAA